GUCUUACGGGACGAUAGAAACUGCAUCAUCAGCAGACCGCGGCAACACCCGCUUUGUACCACACUUACCUACGUCAACCCCAGUUGCAGCUCCCGAAGCUCAACCUGCGCAAUCACGACGAAGUUGUUUCGCAGCUGGAUUGAAGAACUUUUACAAUCGCAAUUUUGGACUAUUUCUAGUAUUCCUCGCCCAGACAUGCGGGUCUAUAAUGAACACGGCAGCCAAGCUAUUGACGAAUGAUCCUUCCAUCAAGUUCCAUGCACUACAGAUUAUAUUCAUUCGCAUGCUAUGUACGAGUAUCAUAUGUUCGAUAUACUGUUGGUGCCAGGGCGUCCCAGACUUCCCUCUUGGUCAGAAAGGGAUUAGAGGAUUACUUAUUGUACGAGGUAUGGCUGGGUUUGUAGGAUUGUUCGGGCUAUACUACUCUUUAUCUUGGCUCGAGAUUUCCGACGCGACAGUAAUCACCUUCUUGAUCCCCACUAUGACAGCAAUAGUCUGUUUCCUCUGGCUACGCGAACCAUUUACUUGGAAGGAAGCUCUUUGCAGCUUCAUCGCCUUCCUCGGCGUUCUUUUUGUUGCUCGACCACCGUGGCUCUUACCGCACGGACAUACAGUUACUCCACCAUCGGAUCACCCGGAUAACAAGACACCCUUUUUAAGCCCCGAGCAGCGAGGCUUGGCUAUCGCCGUCGCUAUCCUAGGAACGUUUGGAGCAAGUAUGGCAUAUGCGACUAUCCGCGUCAUAGGCAAGCGCGCACAUUCUCUCAUCAGCGUAAACUACUUUUCUCUCAUUGCUACGCUAGCGUCUUUUUUCAUCAUUCUUAUACACCCUGGCUUGCGAUUUGUAGCGCCUACGACAUUGGGUCAGUGGGGGUUGAUAGCCAUCAUUGGCCUCUUUGGUUUCCUGCUACAGUUUUUGCUGACAGAGGGCCUGCAAAGGGAGAAGGGUGGAAGAGCAACGAAUUUAACAUAUCUCCAGCUAGUAUUUGCGCUAGCAGUGGAAAGAGUGAUUUGGGGAACUACGCCGCCAUUGGAGAGCUUGAUAGGAGCUCUGCUUAUUAUUGGGGCUGCGAUCGCGGUCAGCUUGCAGAAAGAAACUAAACAAGAGAAGAUUGCGAGAGUCCUGGACGAAGAAACGAGGUUGUUGGGAGAUGAAGAGUGA